CCCCACCAAUUUAACCAUUGUUAAAACCCGGGUCCUUUCCUUUAAAUACUGUUCGGCUCUCCCGCGGCCCAGAGUCGGCUCCGCGGGCUCUUUUUAAACCAGCGCGCCACGGGGCGCAGACUCACGGAAUUGAAUUUGAGCCGGGAUUUGCACUUGAACAGGCAGCCGGGAGCGGUCUUUCCACUUUGGCUUUCUUGCUGGAGCACAAAGCCUUGGAAACUCUAGUUUACGCUGAAGAGUUGGAGGAGGGGGCGGGGAUUAAUACUGUAACCCCGUGAUAGAACAGUUACAUCAGAUUGUUGAGAAAAAUGAACAAGGUUAAAACCUGGCAGUUUUGUGGAGGCGUCUGGAUUGGAUUAUUACGUAUUUCUUUUUAACUGGGUUGAAUUUUAUCUGAGGUGAACACCUUGAUAGGAACUAAAGAGGAUUUUGCAGGAAGAAACUUGCUUUGCAGUGGGCUUUAGAAUUGAUCAUAGGGACCUGUUUAAGUGAUAUUUUUCAGUUUUCGAAAUAGAUGUAUUUUAAAUACUAGGUGUGUUAAUUUUUUUCUUUAGAUCUUAAGUUGAAUAUAAAGUUCUCAGUUGCCUAGGGAGUCUAGAUUCCUAGGAAAAGUUGCACAAGCUUUUAGAUAAAUGUAUUUAAAAAUAAAUUGAGUUGAAAAGACUUGCGUGUUUUUCCCAUUUCGUCAAUAGUUUUGAAAUAUUUUUCAUAACGAUGGUGUUAUUUUAGAGUGUGAGGAAUUACUUCCAAGAAAGUGGCAAUAUGUAGUUGUUCUAGAUUUCUAUGGAUUAAGAUGAAAGUUUUACACAAUGCGGUGCAAUUUUAUAUAAUUGCCUGAUAAAUCAUUUUACUUCUAACACCUCCAUUGUGUUUAAUUAUAGCAGCUUCUAGAAGCAAAUUAUUUUGUUAUUUGUUGGAAAGUACUGGUGUUUCCAGUUUUUUUAGGUGGAGGAUAUUAUGCAGCACUUACUUGUUAAUGCCUUAACAUUCAGUUGGAUGAACAGUCUAACUUCAAAAGAUACGACAUUAGAGUGACAGACACACAUCCAAAGACUGAAUAGUUUAGUUUUGAUGCUAAAAAAAAAUACAUGUUGAAUAUACUUUAUUUUCCAGAUGGAGAAAUCAAUUAUUCUAUUGCUCUGGUUACAAUAUGUUGUUAAGAUCGUUUGUUUCUGUUAUAUGCCAAUGAAUAAUCGAACAACAACAGUUGUUAUUGAAUGGGAUGAAUUUCCUAAGGGAGGAAGUCCUGAAUUUUAUUUUUUAAAAUAUCAACUUGUUAAUAAUUUUGCUGAAAAAAAUGUCAAAAGCGUUCCUGCAGACCUGCAAAAACUUUCAAAGUCAGUAAUAUUAGAGGAAAAUGAAGACUAUCACAUCAUUCUACAGUCUGUAAAAUAUGGACAAAUUUUAAGUGAAAAGUCAUUUGAAACCCGUGGUUUCUCAACUAGCAAUAUUAAAACAAAAGCAACAAGCACGAGUGUUUCCUUUAACUGGAGUGUGCUGUCUUCCAGUGACAUUUUAGUGUCAAUAUCUCUCAGUAAUUCUACACAAAUUAUGGAAAAUAAUAUUACAGCUUAUGAGUGGGCUAAUUUAAAACCUGCAACCUUAUAUGCUUUUAAAUUUGAAUUUAAACAAUUGCAUUUGGAUUUUAUAAAUGUAUUUCAGAGACUGGAUGUUCAAGUAGAAACAGGUUCAUGUUCACGAGGAUGGGUAGCAUUAAAAAAUAGCUGUUAUAAAAUUAGCAAAGAGAGUAUGCCGUGGGAUAUAGCUGAGCAACAUUGUAAGUUAUCCUUAAGUUCUGCACACCUUGUGGAUAUAAAAAAUGAAGAGGAAAAAAACUUUAUAUUUUCACUCCUCAGGUCAAAAAAUCAAAUAAUAAUAUGGACUGGUCUUAAUGAUUUGAAGAAAGAAGGUCAUCUCACAUGGAUAGAUGGAUCAUCUUUUGGCCUUAAGAAAAAUGAAAUCUUUUCUUUUCCACUGCUACCCAAGAAUGAAACAGAUUGCUACAUUUUACAGCAAAAUGCAACUGGAUCAAACUAUUUCUUUACAAGAUUUUUCUGUUAUGUUCCACUGCCAUAUAUUUGCAAAUAUGAGUGUAAUUAUUUUUAUUGAUAUUCUCAUAUCGUGUAUCUCCCUUUUAUUAUUUUAAAGAUAGAAUUAUGAUUUCUAGUUACAAAUAAUGCUCCUAUUUUUUUCAGCACUUUCUCUGCAGGAAAACCUUUCAAUCUAUAUAAAGGAUAUCGGAACAACUGAAGUUGUAUUUGGUUGGCAUAAUUCGAAUGGUUGGAAUAAUUUGGAUAAGUGGCUAAAACUGGGGUAUAAAAUUAUUAUUAAAUAUUAUUUAGAUUAUACAGAAGAGCAACAUUUUGACAGCAUAUCCCCAAAUGCUACAGAAAAAACAAUUACCCAAUUGUGUCCUGGCCAUGUUUACAGAUUUUUACUCUUUGCAAUAAAUGAAUGGGAGGCAAAAACUAUGUUAACUUCAGUAUUCGUUGUUGAAACACGCCCAUUAUCAGCUCAAAAUGUCACAGUUAUUCAUGUGACUCCAACAGAAAUAUUUUUACACUGGAAUCCCCCAGAUCUUGUAUCUUUUCACCAUUAUCUUGUGACGAUUUUGGAUGUUGAAAACAAUAAAUCCGAAGAGGUGUUUAUUGAAAAACUCAACACAUCAAUGAGAAUUGGAGAUCUCAAACCUUUCCAUCAGUAUCUGAUAUAUCUAUUCAGUGUAGCAGAAAGAGGAACUCUAAGCUGCUCUGAGAGACCUAUUUCAGCUGUGACAGGUAUUAAUCCUCCUCAGAAAGUUCAUGCUAAACCUGAAGAUGUGGGAGAGGACAGUAUAAUUCUUCACUGGGAACUCCCACAAGAUGGCCAUGAGGUCUACAUUCAAAUCAAACCCAUAUCAGAUGCAAGAGAAGCCAGGAAGCUUUUUGUAAAAGAUGCUAAUAGAUUCAAGAUUGAUAAUUUAACCCCUGGAAUGACAUAUGACAUUGGAAUGGCAACAAUGAUGAAUGGGAACUUGAGUGAGCUGGUAACUAUUCAACAAA